UGACUUAUUGCAUAAAUGUCUUGGAAGUCAAAAUCGUGCUCUAUGCUAAUUGAGAGGAGCAUCACCUUUCCAAGAGAUAUACAUAACAUGGAAUUCCUGACAAGGAACAGUAGGAAUGACCUUUGCUCAGGUCCCCCUCCAGGACUUCUUUCUUCCCUACUCUUCCUUCUUCCCGUUAACCACGGGUUCACUUUCAUUUUCAGUCCUCUGACCAUGAAGGUGCCAAUAUCCUCGAUAAGUUUGAACGUCUGCUUUUUACUCAUAACAUUACAAUCAUUAGUCAAUAUCGUCGAAGGGGGAUUUAAUAGGUGUUUUAAAUGUCGCUCUCGGGGAGAUCUGGGCAGCUGCAAAGAUAAUUUUGUGUACAACAACGCAUCUGCCCUCGACGAGGUCCGUGGUAUCGAGGCUGUACCAUGCACUUCAGGAUGGUGCGGGAAAAUUUUAGACAAAGGAAGCAAUUCUUUCAAAGACGAAGAAUAUGGAGCGGCCACUGAACGGCUCUGUCUACAAAGAGGUCCGGAAGACAGCGAGGAAAGGUGCGCGCUUACAACCUGGAGAAACGAGAAGGUCUUCAUGUGCUUUUGCCAAGGGGAUUUGUGCAACAGUUCUACAAAAUCAGCAAUGACAACGAUCCUUCUCCUUGUAUCACUGCUUCCUGUCUUGAUUAACAAUUGAACGAAUCGGUUUAAAUACUGUGAUUUAAAACAUGUAAUUUAUUUUACUUUAAUUUUUCUAUAUUUUUUAUACAUUUAAUGUUA